UGCAGGUGUACUCCGUAUUUAGAUGAGAUUGACAAGAGGCCCUGGUUAUAGCCAUGAUCAGGGUUGAUACGUCCAACUAGUUUCCCCCGUCAGAUUCCAAAUGCUUGCUCCAUGGUCAAGUUAUGAAAGAAGAAGUUCACCGCAUGCCCUCGCUCCAAUCCUACCUUUUAUUAUUGCUCCCCCCCUAAUAACUCUCUCUCUUCGCCCUACCACCCGCCCCGGCGCUGGCUAACACCGUUAGCCUUCCUUGGGCUCUAUCUUUCCUGCGCUAACGCCAAACUUACAUACGCCGCGGAGUAACUAAGUUAGUUAAAGAGAUUUGGAGAAAAGCAAGCAGAUUUUCCAUGUUAUUUCAUUAUUUGAACUGUGUUUUCCCCCUCAGCGGCCUAUGCGUGCUGCGCCUGUUAUCCUGGGACUCUACGAUAACUCCCCGAGUUAAUAAUAGAUAUUUCACCCCCUUGGAAGCGGGCUCAGCGUCAUGCUGAGGGCGGCUGCUUACCAGCCCUGGUGGAAUGAGCAAAAUGCAUUCCUUCGCUUCUGAUUCUCGAUUUAGCAACAAGCCCUAGCGAAUAUGUUAUUUUCAGCCUCCCUAAUUUGCUGUACGGGGUAUUGGGAGCUAGUUGCUACGCUGUAUGUGGGCAGGGCUGACACUUUGAAUCCUCUCCUAUCUCUAGCCCUUCAUUAGGGUCGACAUGAAAAUUCAUAUAAGAUCCUACCGUGCCCCUAUGUUCGUCGUAGUAUCAUUCAACACAACAGAUCCAAACCCAUAGCUAAAGGAUCAAUACACCCUUCCCGCAUCUUUUUCUGCAUCUUUUUUUCUUUUUUAUAUUCAGUUUCCUUUCGGUCUUUCCAAUGCAUUUCUUCGACACCAUUCUUCCACUCGCCCUAGUGGUACUGUCCACUGCCGAUGCUGCAGCUGUUCUUAAAGUUCCCCGCAACAGCCAUGCGGUUCCCAAUUCAUACAUCGUCGUCAUGAAACCGGGCACAAGCGACGAUAGAUUUGAGAGCCACCGGAGCUGGGUUUCCAAUAAGCUGUCGGCUAGUGAUUCCGGUGUCGAUAAUGGUGGUGUCAGACAUGACUACAACCUCGACAGCGAAUUCAAAGCAUACUCAGGUAUCUUUGGCGAGGAUGUUAUCAAACAGAUUUCCAAUGAUGAAGAUGUUGCCUACAUCGAACCAGACAUAGUUGUGAAACUUGACAAGCUCCGCAUACAAAAAAACGCUUCUUCAUGGGGACUCGGCCGAAUUUCCUCGACCAAGCCCGGUUCCCCACACUAUAUCUAUGACGAGAAAGCCGGCGAAGGUAUCACUGCUUAUGUUAUCGAUACCGGUAUCGAUGUGAACCACCCCGACUUCGACGGUCGCGCGACCUGGGGUACAAAUACUGUUGACUCGCGUGACGAAGACUGCGGAAACCACGGCACUCAUGUUGCGGGCACUAUUGGUGGCAAUCGGCACGGUGUUGCCAAAAAGAUUAAGCUGAUCGGCGUCAAGGUGUUUGGCUGCGACGAAGAUGGUGGAGGAAGCAAUGUCAUCCGGGGUAUGGCCUGGGCUUACGCCCAUGCCACGCACAAUGGUGACCCCAAGAAGUCUAUCAUGAACAUGAGCCUUGGUGCGCCCUACAGCCGUUCAUUCAACGAGGCUGCCGCGGCCAUUGUCCGCGCCGGUAUUUUCCUUGCUGUGUCCGCUGGCAACGACGGGUUUGAUGCGUCCAAAAAAUCUCCCGCCUCUGAGCCAACUGUGUGCACUAUUGGCGCUACCGAUUCCGAGGACACAAUUGCCAAAUUCUCCAACUAUGGUAGUGGUGUCGACCUCUUUGCACCUGGCGUCGACAUUGUUUCCACCGUCCCUGGAGGAAAAACCGAUUCCUACUCAGGAACCUCCAUGGCUGCCCCUCACGCCGCCGGCGUCGCCGCUUACCUCAUGGCGAUUGAGAACAUCAGCGGCGGGGCUGUCUGUGAUCGCCUGAAGGAGCUUGCAAGGGAUUCCGUCAAAGGUGCCCCCGAGGGUACCACCCGCAAACUGCUCUUCAACGGAGUCCGCAGGCACUACAAGUCGAAGCCCAGGAAAAAGGUUCCCAAGAGACCCGAGGAAUGUCCCCCUUGUGAGCGCAAGUAUUCUUACUGAGAUGUUUCCUAUUGAUGUAUGUUAGCAACGACUAUUUUUUCCAUUUAUUUCUUUUUAUAUUUUUGUCCCUUCCUCUGGGCCAAUUCCUCUUGGCCGUUCAUGCGCUCCUUGCUUUCCCGUUUCCAACACUUCGUUUUUUUUCUCUCAUGUACUAUACCAUAUAUCAUCCAGAAUGCAUAUAGAAUUCAUUGGCUUUCAAUAAAUCAAACCCAUCGUUGGAGCUAUGUUUG